UUGAUGCUAUGGAUCCCAUUAUCUUACACUGUGUACAGUUAAAUACAUCCGGGUUUUUUGUUACUAGUGACGUCACUGUAGUUAUUUUUUAUUUCCUGUUUAUUUCCACUCAAUGCGUGCAUGCGCUCAGCAGUAACUAACCAGCAUUUAUCUCUCUUAUUUUGAUUGUUGUUACUGUCAGUGACUGUGAGUCACCAAAAUACCAGAACCAGUUCUUGGGCUAUUGGGGCUGAUUCACGUGUGACCAAGAAGAAGACGACUGAGAAGAACCAAACCACAGAGAUCUACAUACUGACUGGGGAGGAACAAAUGGAGUUUGAUGAAGUUGCAGUUUAUUUCACAGAGGAGGAGUGGGGCUGUUUAACUGAAGAACAAAAAGAGCUUUAUAAGGAUGUGAUGAUGGAGAAUUACCAGACCCUCAGGUCUCUAGGAUAUGUCACUGAGAGACCUUUACUUGUUACACAGAUUGAGCACAGAGAGGAGCCGUACGUGAGCAGUUUUCCUAUUACCAGAGGUGAAUUUACAAACUACAGUAAUGCUAGUCUUAGUGGAAAUACAAAUACUUGUUUUAAACUUCAAAAUCAAAGAAACCAUGGGAGAAAUUUAUGUUCUGAAUAUGGUAAAUGUUUUACCAGGAACUCAAAUCUGUUAAGACAUAUGAAAAUUCAUACAAGAGCAAAAGCAUUUUCAUGUUCGGAAUGUGGGAAAUAUUUUGCUCAGAACUCACAUCUUAUUGCCCAUCAGAAAAUUCAUACAGGCGAAAAAGCAUUUUCAUGCUCUGUAUGUGGGAAAUGUUUUGCUCACAAAUGUAAUCUUAUUACACAUCAAAAAUUUCAUAUAGGAGAGAAAGCAUUUUCAUGUUCUGAAUGUGGGAAAUGUUUUAUCCUGAAAUCAAAUCUUGUUACUCAUCAGAAAAUUCAUACGGGAGUAAAAACAUUUCCAUGUUCUGAAUGUGGUAAAUUUUUUGCUCAGAAAUCGCAUGUUAUUACCCAUCAGAAAAUUCAUACGGGAGAGAAAGCAUUUUCAUGUUCUGAAUGUGGUAAAUUUUUUGCUCAGAAAUCGCAACUUAUUACCCAUCAAAAAGUUCACACAGGAGAUAAAACAUUUGCAUGUUCUGUGUGUGGGAAAUGUUUUGCACACAAAUCUACUCUUAUUGCACAUCAAAAAAUUCAUACAGGAGAGAAAGCUUUUUCAUGUUCUGAAUGUGGGAAAUUGUUUACAAGGAAAUCAAGUCUCUUUAUUCACCAGAAAAUUCAUACAGGAGAAAAGUCAUUUUCAUGUUCUGAAUGUGGAAAAUGUUUUGCUACUAAUUCAUAUCUUAUUAAACAUCAGAAAAUACAUACGGGAGAGAAAGCAUUUUCAUGUUCUGAAUGUGGGAAAUCGUUUAUCCUGAAAUCAAAUCUUGUUACUCAUCUGAAAAUUCAUACGGGAGAGAAAGCAUUUUCAUGUUCUGAAUGCGGGAAAGAUUUUUUUCAAAAAUCACAUCUUAUUGCACAUCAGAAAAUUCAUACAGGAGAAAAGUCGUUUUCAUGUUCUGAAUGUGGGAAAUGUUUUGCUACUAAUUCAUAUCUUAUUAAACAUCAGAAAAUUCAUACGGGAGAGAAAACAUUUUUAUGUACUGCUCUCAAAUGUACUCAUAUUACACUUCAAAAAAGUCAUACAGGAGAUAAAACAUUUUCAUGUUCUGAAUGUGGAAAAUGUUUUACCAGGACAUCAAGUCUUUGUAUUCAUCAGAAAAUUCAUACAGGACAAAAGUCAUUUUCAUGUUUUGAAUGUGGGAAAUGUUUUGUUUCUAAGUCAUAUCUUAUUAAACAUCAGAAAAUCCAUACCGGAGAGAAAGUAUUUUCAUGUUCUGAAUGUGGGAAAUGGUUUAUCCUGAAAUCACACCUUAUUACACAUCUGAAAAUUCAUACGGGAGAGAAAGCAUUUUCAUGUUUUGUAUGCGGGAAAUAUUUUGCUCAGAAAUCACAUCUUAUAACACAUCAGAAAAUUCAUACUGGAGAUAAAGCAUUUUCAUGUUCUGUGUGUGGGAAAUGUUUUGCUCUCAAAUCUACUCUUAAUACACAUCAAAACAUUCAUACAGGAGAGAAGGCAUUUUCAUGUUCUGAAUGUGGAAAAUGUUUUACUAGGAAAACAAGUCUUUUUGUUCAUCAGAAAAAACAUACAGGAGAAAAGUCAUUUUCAUGUUCUGAAUGUGGGAAAUAUUUUGCAUCUAAAUCAUACCUUAUUAAACAUCAGAAAAUUCAUACAGGAGAGAAAGCAUUUUCAUGUUCUGAAUGUGGGAAAUGUUUUAUCCUAAAAUCAUAUCUUUGUAGGCACCAGAAAAUUCAUAUUAAAAGAAAUUAGGGAAAUCAGAGCUUAACCUCUUAAGAUAACAUGUAGUUAUCAUUUACACAAUGGGCUCCAUUUUAUCAAGCAGUGGUUCAGAGGUGAGCCUGAAACAAAAGUUAGGAAGCAGUGAUGGUAAGACUGCUGCUCUUUAACCUGUCUGCCACCUAAAAGGUAGCGGAUAGAAAUAAUCCCGAUACGAUUGGGAUGCAUGCAGCCCCUUUGACGGCCCCCGGAUACCGGGUAUCUCCACCAAACGGGCCUGCUUCUACCCCGGAACCUGUAGCUGUAUAGUGGAAAAGUGAUUAUAGCAAAUAGCCCACCCUAAUAACCAGAUGAGACCAGUAUUAAGGUAAAAUACGAACAUGUUUUAUUGAAACACACAGCUUAUAUACACAUUUGCCAUCUGAUAAGAUUAUCUGAUCGAGAGAGCACCGCUAGGUCAGAGUUUCGGGAUGAUCCUGACACGAUACCUACGCAGAUGUUCCCAUACUGCUGAGCAGCAUUGGAGAAAAUCUCGGAGUUUAGCUGACUUCACUUUAAUUUCACCUUCUACUAUUCUGUCCUUAAUCUUUAUAAGCAACAUUACUUCUCUACUCUUAUCUCUACUCUUUCUUCAAACCCAAAACAUCUGUUCUCCACUUUCAAUACACUUCUCCGCCCACCCCACCUCCUAAUACAACUUCUCUCUCAGCUCAAGAUUUUGCCAGCCACUUCAACAACAAAAUCAACUCCAGAAACAAAAUCAGCUCUCAACAUACUUACAUUCUCUCACCCCCUCAAACGCUUGCAAUCAACCACAACCUACAUAGCCAUAAAUUCAGCUCUUUCUCCCUUGUUACUGAGAAAGACGUUUCUGCACUUAUAUUGUGCUCUCACUACCUGUCCCCUUGCCCCUUUCCCCUCACAGCUACUCCCCUCCCUAUCUUCAACCCUUACCCCUAUCUAUGCUCACUCAUAUUUUGAACCUCUCCCUCAGCACCAGUAUAUUUUCCUUAUCUCUGUAACAUGCACUAGUCACACCUAUCCUCAAAAAAAACUCUUGAUCCAACCUCCCCAUCCAACUACCGGCCUAUUUCCCUACUCUUGCCUCAAAGCUCCUUGAAAAACUAGUAUAUGCACGCCUUUACCAUUUCCUUACAUUAAACUCCCUCCUUGAACCACUGCAAUAUGGAUUUUGUCCACAUCACUCCACAGAGACAGCAAUCGUUAAGGUUACCAAUGACCUACUUACAGCAAAAUCAAAAGGCCACUUCUCUCUGCAUAUCCUCCUUGAUCUGUCCGCAGCCUUUGAUACUGUUGACCACCCUCUUUUGCUUCAAACCCUCCAAUCCUUCGGCAUUUGUAACAAAGUCCUCUUGUGGUUCUCUUUCUACCUGUCUAACCGUACCUUUAGUGUAGCCUUCUCUGGGGCUUCCUUUACCCUGUCACCACUUUCUGUUGGGGUACCGCAAGGCUCUGUCCUCGGUCCCCUUCUCAAUCUACACAUCAUCAUUAGGUUCCCUAACAAAGUCCCAUGGGUUCCAAUAUCAUUUGUAUGCUGAUCACACCCAAAUCUACUUCUCUGCACCAGACCUAUCUUCUUCCUUGCUAACCCAUGUACACUAACUGUCUUUUUCACAUCUCUUCCAGGAUGUUCUCUCACUACCUUAAGCAAAAUCUCUCCAAAACUAAGCUCCUCAUUUUCCCCCCUUCCAAAAUCUCCACCCCCAAUCUCUCUAUAACUGUUGACAACUCCCUCAUUACCCAUACCCCACAUGUCCGAUAUCUUAGGGUCACAUUUGACUCAGAUCUUUAUUUCACUCCUCACAUUCAGUCCUUGGCUAAAUCCUGCCGCUUCCACCUUAAAAACAUCUCUAAAAUCCACUCUCUCAUCCUUUCCUGCCUCGACUACUGCAAUUCUAUCCUCUCUGGUCUCCCUAGCUGCUGCCUAGCUCCUUUACAAUCCAUAAUGAAUGCCUCUGCCAGGCUCUUCAUCUGCUCCAUCUCUCUGCCAAUCCCUUCACUGGCUUCUUCUUGUCUCCAGAAUAAAACACAAAAUUCUCACUCUGACAUAUAAAGCCCUCAACUGCAUUGCUCCCCCCUAUAUCUCAGACCUUGUCUCCAGAUACUCUCCUUCCCAUCCCAUUUGCUCUGCUCAUGACCUCCUACUCUCCUCCUCUCUUGUUACCUCCUCACACUCCUGCUUACAGGACUUCUCCAGACUGGCUCCCAUCUUGUGGAACUCUCUGCCUCGCUCCACAAGACUCCCCUAGUUUUGAAAGCUUCCAGCGCUCCCUAAAGACUCUACUGUUCAGGGAUACAUAAAACCUACACUAACCUUUCUUUAUACCGUUUCCGCUCCUCCAUUGCUAUCCCCUGAACCCUCUUAGCAUGUAAGCCUAAGAGUUCAGCUGUUUGUAGAUCAUCUUCUUAAGAGCUGACUACAACAGUGCGACUCUUGGCAGGGCCCUCUAUCCAUUUGAUCCCUAUAAAUGUUAUCCUGUAUACCUCCUAUGUUUAUAGCACUGCAGAAUCUGUUGGUACGCUACAAAUAACUGAUAAUAAUAACUGGUGGGAAACACAAUAAUCCAAAUAGUAGAGGGGUGGUCUUGGCAGCCUGGUAUCUAUGACAGCCCCUGCUAGUGGCCAAUUAGCCACCAGUGAGCAAGGGCGGCAUUGCACAAGCAUCCACUAUUCAUUUUCAACAGCAACAUUUAAUAAAUGGAGCCCAAUGUUCUAAUGAUGACUACAUGUUGUCCUGUGGGGGUGCAUAUUUAGAGCUGUUUGAGGCCUUCUCUGCAUAUCAAGUGCUUACAAGGUGAAAAGUGUGUUUAUUAUCCCAGGGGGAUCCCUGGUCCUUAUAUGGGUUUGAAUAGACAAGUGACUUCCUGUUGUAAAUAAAAUAAGCAUUUAUUUCAGUAGAGUCAUGGUAAGGAGUCCCUAUGUGCAACGUGAUAUAAAUUUACCCAGAGGCUCUAAUAUAUAUUUACAUUGUAGAUACUGUUGAUUAUAUUAUAGUCAUGUGAUCACUGAGGUGACAGUGUUUCUCUAGCUGGAAUUUAAAUUAACUAAGUGUAGAGUUGUACAGGGUGAGCCCCAAUGUUAACAUCAAAAGUGCAAGAACCAUCCAAAAGCCCUUGUCUGGAUUAGGAAAGCCCUUACGACUGCAUAAAAUCUAUUGUGCUAAAAUUUAACAAAAACUUUGUUUUACUUUUUAAUUCCAAUAGCUAAUUUCUAUUUAAAAAAACCCACAUAGAAUAAUUCUCAAUUUCUGUUUAUUUUAGAUCUUAAGUAAUACAAUUAUAGAUCCACCAAUGUUUUAACUAUAUUUCAGAGAAAAAUACUUAUUCUGUAGUGUUUAUAAUCUUGUUUAUUAUAAUUGUAAUAAAAAUAUGAUUUUAUUUCA